UGAUUAUUGUGGGCCCUCUGUUGACCUGCUUUUUUAUACAUUAAAAUAAAGUACGAUUGUUUAUGGAUGGUCUGUCACUUUCACUUUUUAUCUGUUCGGUCAUGCCUACAGAGAUAAGUGCACGUGGAAAGGCUAAAACAGGGUUAAAGCAGUAGGCCUACAGUAUUACACAUUUUAUUAAAUUAUGGAAGCGUUUCAGCAUUGGAUGCAUCACUCUUCGUCAAUUGACAAACGCAAUUUACACUCCAAUUUCACUAGUGUCUUCGUAAAUCAUAAAGGGCAAGCUAAUGUUUGUCAAUUAACACUACAGUAUGCCUUAUAUGGAUCAGUAUUGGCUGUCUGUGGGUCGUAAGACUGUUUAUGCGCUAACCUGCACCACAGCCUUUGCAAGAAAGGAAAGAUGUUGAAAAUGGCAUUGUUAAGAAGUCUGAAGAUAAAUUGUGCAUCAACAAAACAUAAACUCUAGUGUGCUGAAUGAUCCAUUACUAAAGGAGCCUGUAAAAAGUGGCAAAACAGUAGAAUUACCAGAAGAGAAACCAACAACAAAGGAUGAAAAUUUAAAAGUUAAACCUUUGACUGUUUUCUCAAGUAUUGUAUCCUUUUCAGCGGAUUCAUGAUGUUUUUCUAUCUUUGCGAUUCGCAACAUAUUCCCUGAUGGUGAACGUGUGUACUCGAGAGAUCUGUUUGUAUUCUUAUGAUUUCUGUUGUUUGCUGUGGCCUGUUACUUCACAAUCAAAAACGAAGACAAAAUUUUAAACAGAAACCAUGAGAACCAAACCAGUCACCAUGGAUACACAUGGAAACAAGAACUUUAACAAGCUGGCAUUUAUUCUUCUUAAUAUUGUCACUAAACAUCUCAGAAACAUUUUCAGACAGGAAUGGGACACCCAACAUCCAAGCUACCCCUGGCAAAAUGACAACAACAGUCUCCAGUACCUCAAAGCAAAAGCCAAAAAACCUGGUUCUUGGAAGAGUUGGAAGAAUCCCCCAAAGUCAGGUGACCCAGAUGACUGGGACCUAACUGUCUUAUUCUAUGUGCUUCUAAAUUCUAACACCAUCAAUCUUUCAGUAUCAAGUCAUGAACAAAUCGAUAAACUACGAAAAAUAAGAAAUCAGUACUUUGCGCACCCUCCUAGAGCAUCGAUAAAUGACAAGGACUUCAAAGACAUUUAUCAAGAUAUUAAGAAGUGCAUGAUCAGUCUAAAUUGUUCCAAAGCUGUGCAAAAACAAAUGGAAGAUGUAAAAAAUGAAAUUGUGGAAGUAUCCAAAGAAUACAUGAAGAAAGUGGAAGCAAAACUGUAUGUAAUUGAAAGUGAUCACAACAGGCUUCAUAUGCAACUUUGUAUGUUAUUUCUUUUGGUUGUUAUGAUAUUUUACUUACAUCUAAGCUAUGGCCACAUAGAUUGGUUUACAAGAACAACAUGUAAUAACUCUAGAAUUUUCUUCCCUGAGUCUCGGAAGCCUAGCUAUUACAUAGGCCAUGAUGAUGAAGUAAACACAGGUGCAAUUGUUCUGGCCAAUGGUUCUUACCAGAUGGUCAGCAUUACCGGUCCACCUGCAAUUGGGAAAACAGCAACAGCUGUAGCAGUAGGACACGUCUUGAAGGAUAAUCAUGGUUAUCAAGUGGCCUUUGUGGAUUUCAAAGAAAUAAAUGUGAGCUCCAGUGACAUUAGAACAGAUAUUUACAAAGAUAUAGUUUUGGCCGUAGAUUAUGAAUUGGAAAAUGUGUCUGAUUCAUCGCAAUUUAUAAUGCUGAUGAAGAAAAUAACAACAUGUCCGACAGUUCUAAUUUUUGACAAUAUAGAAAACAUUUUGAACUCCACAUCAAAGGCAUUAUUUUACAAUGUAACAGAAAUUUGUUUGGAAAUUAACAAAAUCAAAAUCCUUACUACAUCUCGAAAAGAUUUUGAUAUCAUUGGAGUGUCGAUAUAUCCAAUAAAACUGGAACCAUUGCCAAUAUCACAGUCAACAGGUGUAUUGGUUUCACUUUUGCCAGGACUUCAACAAAAGAGGUUAGUUAAGAUAAUAGCAGAGAAAACAGGUGGGAUUCCUUUGUUGUUGGAAGUAGCUGCAAGUCUAGUACGUAGCAAGUACUAUGAAGAAGCUGAAUUACUGAAUAGAUUGGAAGAACUGCCAAUAUUAGUUGUUCUCAAUGACACCAAAGACAUGACAGAGUCUAGUAACUAUUACAAGCUCCUUAAGAUUUUAUUUGAUGGUCUUGAUGAAAGUGUUCAAUUCACCUUUAUUGCUUUUGGAAUGACUCCAGUCUUUUUGGAUCCGACCAGUGCCGAUGCUGUAGUGAACUUCAAUUUCAGUGAAAAGGCUAAUAAUAACAUUUAUCCACUUGUAAACUAUAAUCUCUUGAAGACAUUUGACUUGCCAAGUGGACGAAGAUUGUAUGGAAUGCACCCUAUUAUCAGUGAAUUCACCAGAUUAAUUGUUGAAGAUAAUCCAAGUUGGUCAAAGAUGCAACAUACAACGUGUAGAGCUUCUAUGGUAAAAACUUCACCUCAAUGCGAAUCGCUUUCAUUUAUUAUUGCAGACUACAGUGACAUGACAUUUCAGCAACCGAUAUGGGAAAAUUCCGGUAAAGUACCAAAAAUUCUGGUGCAUAAUGGAUUGACUGAACGUGAUGAGCGUAGGAUUUUAAUUGAAACAAUGAGCAUUGGACUUGAAUUUUAUAACCUUGGUGAAUAUACUAAAUGCACAGAUUUUCUACUCCAAGCAAGUGGACAAACAAAAGAUAAUACAGAUAUCCUACUUCUUAAGAUUCUGGCAGUCUGUGCAUUUAAAGCAACAGAAAAAUACCUUAAACAAGGCAAUUUAAAUCUGAGCGCUGAGUAUAGCAGUUUGUUGCUUAAGACGUUGAAUUUGAUCAAAACAGACCCGUGCGUUGUUGUCAAUUGUCUAUUUAAUCUUGGCACCUUGUCGAACAACACGAGGUUUCACAAAGAUGCUGCAUUUUUUUUAAAAAGAGCCCUAACAAAUUAUCAACAACAAUAUCAACAACAGAACUGUAGCAAAGAAAAUUUAGGAUCUUUGGCUUUAAACCUUGGAAAGACCUUUUAUAAACACAGGCAAUAUCAGGAAACCAUAAAUGUUUUACUUAUAUCAGUUAAUCUACUGAAAAGCCAUGAUGACCAACUUGCAGCUGAUCGGAUACUUGCUGAUAGUUAUUAUAAGACACAAAAUUAUGAAACCUGCUUUCAAAUUCUAAGAAGAGUUCUUAACAGUUCUUAUGAAGUUGAUUAUCAAAAACAAAAGCAUGUCUUUCAAGCUCUGACAGAAUUAGCCUACAAAGCAACUCAUAUAUAUCUCAAUCAAAGUAACAUUGCUAUGGUCAUCCAAUUAAACAUUUUGUCUCUUAAUACACUGAAAAUGCUAGAAACAGACUCAUGUAUUGUUUCAUCACUGUAUUUCCGUAUUGGCCUUAACAUAGGCAUGUUAUACAGACUUGCUGGUUUUGCUUUUAACCAGACUUGGGCAUUACAUGCUGCUUUUGCUUUUAACCAGACUUGGGAAUUUCAUAAACAGAAUAAAUGCGGUGAAGAUGAUUUGGGGCUUGUAGCUUAUCACCUUGGGGAAGCCUACUUUUGCUGUAGCAAAUAUCACGAUAGUAUAGAUAUUUUACACAUAGCUGUUGGUUUAUUGGAAAAAAACAUUACAUAUCAAUUUAUGGCUAAUAGUUUGCUUGCUUUAAGUUACUAUGAGAUAGAAGACCAUGAAACAAGUUACCAAAUUGCAAGAAACAUGCUCAGCAACAAUUCUUUGAACACAAUCAACAGCUUGUAUUUGUAUAAAGCAGUUCUUGUGAAUCUGACAAAUAUUGUAACAUUAGCAGCAAUGGAAUACCAUAUCCAAGGCAAUUACAACCAAAGCAUUGAAUUUUACCAAUUAUCUAUUGUGACAUUGAAAAUGUUAGAUCCACACUCAUGUUCAAUUGCUUUGCUGUAUUCUUACCUGGGCACAGUGCUCUAUCAUGUGCAGAGACAUGCAGAUGCAGCAAUUGCUUUAAAUAAGGCGUUGAAAUUUUAUCAAUGGAAAGGGUGUGAUAAAGAAGAUGUUGGAGAUGUAGCAAUUGCCAUUGGGAAUUCUUUUUUUAUGAUUGGCCAAUACUAUAAAAGUAUAGAGUUUGUACUUGGAACAGUUAACGUAUUGAAGAAAAAUCCUAAUCAUCGAUUUGAGGCUAAUUAUAUUAUUGCUACUAGCUAUUUUAUGUUACAUGAUUAUGAAAACAGUUUUGAACUUCUUAGGAAGGCCCUUGAUUGUUCAUAUAUACAUCAAGUUGAUCAGCUGAGGUACAAGCAGGAGCUUGAGAUUCUGAGAAAGCUUGCAAUAAAAUAUUCACAACCACAUAAGGCUAUUAACCUAAGCAUUGAAUAUGACCAUGUAUACAUGUAUACAUUUAUCAUUUCUUUUUCCUUAUUCAUUUUCUGUCUUAUUUUGUCAUUUAAAGUGUUUCAAAAGAUUUUUAAAUAGUACUACCAGGCUGAUAAUUAAUAUAAC